GCGGCGAGGCGGCGAGUAAGCGACGUCAACACAACUUACACAACCCAUAGCUUGUGUUCUGCGGUUCUGCUUUAAAGCAGCAGUGCACGUGCUUCACACCUCGUGUCCUGCUUUGAACCAACACUGCAUUGGUUUUAUAGGAUAUCGGAACUCUUCCUGCUGACAAGGAGAUCUGACCUUGAUUUUUGUGUAUGUGUGUGUGUGUGUGGAGGCAACAGUCAUCUCCUACCCUUCCCCCAUGGAUUGGCUUCGGAAACUGUUAGGUUAUCAUGGCAGACCAAGAGAAGAUGACAACCCUUUCAGAAGCCCAACCUGGGAUGAGAUCAGAAACCAAAGAGACAUGAAGGACUUACAAGAUUCCCAGGAGAUGCAACACCCAUGGGGACACUUCUUCCAUGGUGAUAUGUUCUCACCACAUCAAGAAUUAUUUGGCCAGGUGGAUGACAUGUUUUCCCGACUGGAAGACAUGAUGAAGGAGAUGCAUCGUCAUCCAGCUUGGGCACUGCCAGAUUUACAGACAGAACCUGAGCCACAGAAUCCACGAGACUUUAUGCUGAAGGUGCCUGACGAUGACCAGGCCAGGACAGUGCCAGCACCUGCUCCCCGCCACCCACUGCAUGGGCAUGAGGAUGAAAUGCCAGGGUCCCAGAGUGGCCAUGAUGACUUCAGUCAGCAUAGAAAUCCCUUCACUUUUAGUCCUCACAGCUUCUUUGAUGGAAUUUUCCAGCAAUUUGGAAUGCACCCUAGUGAAACACCCUUUCCAGGUCAUCUUCCUGAAAUUGGACCUGGAUCAGACCAUGAGGACCACUCCCGCGAGUCAUUAAUGAAAAAAGAAGAUAGUGACAUUGAUGACAGGGUGUUGGGUGAUCUUUCUAAGUUACCAGAAGGUGGACCAGGUUAUUCACAUGGGUUGCCACAAAUUGUUGAGCCAAGAAGAUCCCCAUGGUCUCAUCCUGAAUCCCCCGGGUCUCCUCAUGCAGGAGUCCGUCACAAAUUUUAUUCACAGUCAAUUGUCACUAUCAGAAGACCAGAUGGGUCAAUAGAGGAGACCAAGAAGUACAGUGACAGCACUGGUCGUGAGGAGGUGAUAGUGACCCAUAAACAGCCAGAGGAUGGAAGUAGUGGCAUUGGUUCUCUCCAACCAGAAGGACCACUGGAUCAAAGGCCGUCCAUCUUCUCAUGGUUCUUCACACGAUAGUUGGACAGGAAGAAUCACCAAUUCACCAACUCCAUAGUAAGUAAAGCAGACCCAAAUCAUAAGUGAUGCUGGCUGAACAAAUGUGAUGAAGAACUCCCAGUGACAGUAAAUGAUGUCUCAUCACAGUUUUUCUCUGCUCCUCAUUCCAUGCUAGAUAUUCUUGCAAAAUUCAGUCCUCUUGUCCUAUAGUGCAUUUAGUAGCAUUUUUUUUUUUUUUCUUUUUUUUUUUGUGGGCACAGUAACUCUUGUAUCCCAAGUCAUCAUGGAGCAUCUGCUGGACACUCCUCAGAGACACAUCUAGUAAUUCUGAGAUUUUUUAUGUUUAAUUCUGGUGCUGUCAGCCUUGGAGACUUUAAAACUUGCUGGAAAAUAAGUGCACGGGUCUUCAAGGUCAUCUUACAAGACCUCCCAGACUUGGGAAGAAAAGUGAAUGCAUCUGCCUCCCCAGCAUCCUUGAAUCUUCCCACUAAGUUCUGGACUGUCCUCAGCUAUACUCCUGUUUGAUGUGCUAUAAAUGGGAAAUUGUAGCCAGCUUUGUGUAAGGUUACCACCUUUUAUUUAUCCUUACUAGUGACUAUUUUGGACAAAUUGAGAGGGUGGUAGGAAGCAAAAAUAAAGGCUCAAUUUGGCUCUGCCUGGGGGCAUCAGGAGAACAUAUCUUUUCUUUAUUGCAGCCAAGCUGCUAAUAAGUCCAAGUACCACUGGCUAACGGUGGGCAGUAGAAUGUGUAGGGGUUGCCAGUUACAGAUGUAAAUGCGUCAGAAAAAAAACUCACCAUGAUACAAUGUUGAGCCUACUCACUUAAUGCAAAAAGAAAUGUUGUCAGCCUUUUGGUGACAAAACUUUCCAUGCAUACUAUGGGAUGUUUGUAAAAUAAAGUAAGCAUUCAGUAACUUUGAACUAUGCUGUAAUUUGUGAAGUUUUAUAAAAUAAAUUGAGCGUACAAUAACCAUAAAGGGGUUAUUAUACCCAAAAUUCAGUAAACAGAGGUUCAUUAAAUCGACAGUUUAUUGUAUUAAAAACACUUUACAAAAAAAUUGGAGUGGGGGCUGGAAUGGAUUAAAGUUAUCUCAAUUAAUUUCAAUGGGGAAAAUUGAUUUGACAGGAACAAAUUGAAUUACGAGCUCUGUCAUGCAACAAAUUAAACUCCUAAGUCAAUGUACCACUGUAUUCUUACUGUAUUACAUAAUUAUCUAUAUACCAUGCCAAGAUUUACCUUUAGAGAUGCAUUUACAACAUGGAAGUAAUAGUGUUAGUAUUCUCCCAAUCUGGCCUUGAAAUAUGUUAUUAGGCUGUGCCUGAUCUGUCUACAGAAUUGUAACUUUGAAUAUAUAAAAUGAAAUCUAAAUCUUUUAUAUACAUUUUAUGUUACUGAAAAAAAGAUGGUUAGUAUUUUCUUUCAAGUCAUAUAUUUGUAGAGGAAAGCAUGUUGUCUCUAUUGGGAUGUAAUGUCUUGUGCAAACAAACUAUUAUUGAUUCAUAAGGAUGUCUCACAGAUUUAUGCAUAUUUCCAAGUCCUUGUGAGUGCUCAGGACUUAAGAGGUUUGAUAAAUAUGGGCCCACAAUCUAGUUGAUUAAUUAUUAUUACAUGACUGUCUUAUCCAUCAAAAUAGUCUGCUGAUGUCAAGGCUUUGGGAUACAAGAGAGCAGAUUAAUCAAUGGUUAUCUGUAUGUACAUGCCACCAACCAGUGGAUUGCAAUAUGAAUAAAGUCAUCUUAACA